AUGUCCAACACCGACUUCCUGGGCCGGGCGAUCGACACGGUCCGCCGCGCCAUCGAUGCCGAUAACGGAAACCAGUACGACAAGGCAUACCAACUGUACUACCAAUCUCUCGAGCUGUUCAUGCUCGCGCUCAAAUGGGAGAAGAAUCCCAAAUCCAAGGAAAUGAUCCGCUCCAAGACGGCUGAAUACAUGGACCGCGCCGAAAAGCUCAAAGCUCAUCUCUCCGACGCCGAUGCAAAGCGAAAGAAACCCGGAAUGGUAGGUGCUAACGGCUCCACGACGGGCGGAACCGGCAAAGGCAAACAAGAUGGAGAGGACGGAAUUGACGAGGAUAGUAAGAAACUGCGCAAUGCGCUGGCGGGAGCCAUUCUUCAGGACAGACCAAAUGUUAAGUGGGACGACGUCGCGGGUCUUGAUGGCGCAAAGGAGGCACUGAAGGAGGCGGUUCUGCUGCCCAUCAAAUUCCCGCAUCUGUUCGUGGGCAAGCGCAAACCGUGGAAGGGCAUCCUGCUGUAUGGACCUCCGGGAACGGGAAAGAGUUAUUUGGCGAAGGCUGUGGCUACUGAGGCGAAUAGUACUUUUUUCAGUGUGAGCAGUUCGGAUCUGGUCAGCAAGUGGAUGGGUGAGAGUGAGCGAUUGGUCAAGCAACUGUUUGCCAUGGCGCGCGAGAACAAGCCCUCGAUCAUCUUUAUUGAUGAAGUCGAUGCCCUCUGUGGCCCGAGAGGCGAGGGUGAAUCGGAGGCAAGCAGACGUAUCAAGACGGAAAUGCUGGUGCAGAUGGACGGCGUGGGCAACGACUCGACCGGUGUGUUGGUUCUGGGUGCGACGAACAUCCCUUGGCAACUCGAUGCGGCCAUCCGGAGACGUUUCCAGCGACGAGUUCACAUUAGUUUGCCCGAUAUUGCCGCGCGAACUACCAUGUUCAAGAUCGCAAUAGGCGAGACGCCGACGACGCUGAAGUCCGACGACUACAGGGAGUUGGCCAAGUUGGCUGAGGGUUAUUCGGGAAGUGAUAUCACGAUUGCCGUGCAGGAUGCCUUAAUGCAGCCAGUACGGAAGAUUCAACAGGCUACACAUUUUAAGGAGGCGAAUGGCGUGGUCCGCGUGACACCCUGUAGUCCCGGCGAUCCAGGCGCCAAGGAGAUGACAUGGGACGACAUCGAGGCCGAAGCAUUACUCGAGCCGCUCGUCGACUUCAAGGAUUUCGUGAAGGCCAUCAAGGGAUCGCGGCCAACAGUCAGUAAUGCGGAUCUCACGCGGAAUGCCGAAUGGACCCAUGAGUUUGGCAGUGAAGGCAACUAG